AUGGAUGACCCUGAGCGAUUGGCUGCUGUUUUCCCCACCCACCGCCCCGGUUGGGACCCAAAUAGUAAUAGAGAGCGCCUCCUAGAGGCGUACCGAAUCAAUACACCCAUAGACCCGAAAGCACCUGAAAAUCGAAGGGCAAUUAUUUUGGCCUUUGUAACUCAGUCUGCACCCGAUAUAAAAUGGAAGUUGCAGAGAUUUGAGGGAUUUGAGGGCAAGGUUCUUUCAGAGUUGGUAGAAAUAGCCCAAAAGGUUUUUGCAAAUUGCAACCCACCUGAAGAUAAGCAGCUUAAAAGACUAAGGUUCUGCUUGCCACACAACACCAACCCAAGAAACCUCAGGCCCCUAAAGGAGCAGUCAAGAUGGGGGCAAGAAAAACGCCCACCAUUGGAUAAAGACCAAUGUGCCUACUGUAAGGAAAAAGAAUAUAAGCUCUUGCCAGAACAAUUGCAGGAGGAUAAAACCUCCAACCACCAAGAAUUGCUAGCUUAUUACAUGAAACUUGUGCCCCAAGUUUGGGCUGAGUCUAAUCCCCCUGGGUUAGCAAGGCACCAACCUCCAAUAGUGGUCCAGCUCAUGGCAACUGCCACCCCCAUCAGAGUAAAACAAUACUCUCUUCCAUUAAAGGCAUGACAAGGGAUAGAACCUCACAUCAAUAAGUUAAAACAAGAAGGGAUACUAGUGCCUUGCAAGUCUAGCUGGAAUGCUCCCCUGUUACCAGUCCAAAAGCCAGGGACAAAUGACUACAGGCCUGUCCAGGACCUCCGGGAAGUCAAAAAGAGGGUGGAAACUAUCCAUGCAACUGUACAACCCUAUACAUUGUUGAGCCUGGUUAAUCACCUCCAUCAGGUUUAUACAGUGUUGGAUUUAAAGGAUGCCUUCUUCAGUCUGCCCCUAGCCAAAAUCAGCCAGCCUCUGUUUGCCUUUGAAUGGGAAGCCCCAGAUGGAAGCUACUCUGGUCAACUAACAUGGACUAGACUGCCCCAAGGAUUUAAAAACUCACCUAUGCUGUUUGAUGAAGAGCUGAGCCGAGACCUAUAAGAUUUCAAGGUAAAGUUGGGAUCAAAUAUAACACUAUUACAAUAUGUCGAUGAUUUGCUAUUGGCUGCACCCACCCUGGAGAUUUGUAAACAAGCCACAGUGGAUCUAUUAAAGACCUUACAAUACCUAGGAUACAGGGUAUCCGCUAAAAAGGCCCAACUUUGCUCCCUGAAGAUGACAUAUUUGGGAUAUAUCUUAAGCGCAGGGGAAAGGAAAUUGUCCCAUGACUGCAUAACAGCCAUCCUGAAUAUACCAGAGCCAAAGACUAAAAGGCAAAUUCAAGAAUUCCUAGGAGCUGCAGGAUACUGUCGCUUAUGGAUUCUCAAUUUUGCUGAAAUGGCCCACCCCCUCUAUGAGGCUACUAAGGGACCAGGGGAUCAAAUUACUUGUACUGAGAGACUCCAAUUGGAAUUCAACAACAUAGAGGCCGCUCUUACGCAGGCCCCAGCCCUGGCACUGCCCAAUCUAGAAAACCCUUUUACCUUAUUUGUGGCCGAAAACAAGGGCAUUGCAAAGGGGGUGCUAACCCAAGAUCUAGGGCCAUGGAAAUGACUGGUGGCUUACCUGCCACGCAAGCUGGACCCAGUGGCCACCAGCUGGCCCACAUGCUUAUGAGCUACAGCUGCAACUGCACUCCUAGUAAAAGAAACUAAUAAGUUAACCUUGGGCCAGCUCCUAAAUAUUGUUACCUCUCAUGGGGUAGAGACUCUACUAAAAACCCCACCAGGAAAAUGGAUUUCAGAUGCAAGGUUAACUCAUUACCAGACCCAACUGCUUGGACCCAAACAUAUUACAUUCUCCAACCUGGUUGCCCUAAAUCCAGCCACCUUGCUCCCUGACAGUGAUCCUGACCGCUGCGAAGUUGCACACAAUUGCCUUGAAAUCUUAGCCGCCAUCCAGGGCACCCGACUAGGGUUGCAGGACACUCCUCUCAAGGAGGCAGAGCUAACUCUUUUCACAGAUGGCAGCAGCUACAUGGUUGAAGGACUCAGGUAUGCAGGUGCCGCGGUGGUUACUCCUGAACGAGUACUAUGGGUAGAAGCUCUUGAGUCCCAGACCUCAGCCCAGCAGGCAGAACUUAUCGCUCUCACAAAGGCCCUUCAGCUUAGUGAAGGUAAGACUGUAAAUAUCUACACUGACAGUAGAUAUGCCUUUGCCACUGUACAUAUACAUGGGGCCCUCUACAAAGAAAGAGGGUUACUCACUUCAGAAGGAAAGACAAUUAAAAAGGUUCCUGAAAUUCUUGCACUAUUAGAAGCUAUUUGGCUUCCAACCAAGGUUGCAGUUAUUCAUUGCAAGGCACACCAAAAGGGAACAACUGUAGAAACUCAAGGAAAUAACUUCGCUGAUAAGACUGCUAAAACAGUGGCACUCCAACCAACCGGGACGUCAAUCAUAGAACCUUUGCUACCACAACCUCAUUUGCCACUAAAACCUGAGUACUCUCCAGAAGAUGAGAAAAAGGCUGAAACAUCGGGAUACCAAAAAAACAUAACCACUGGGUGGUAUGAAUCAAAGGACAAAGCCAUAUGGCUACCAGAAAAAAUGGGUCAAUGCUUGGCUCAUGAAAUUCACCAAGCCACCCAUUUAGGGAAAACAAAGCUAUUAGAAUUAAUUAGACAAUCAUUUAAUUUUAAUAAUGCAUCAAAAAUUGUUGAAUCAUUAAUUAACCGAUGCCUUGCAUGUACUCAAGUAAACUCUAAACAGGUCAUCAUCGAUGGUCUGGAGUUCGACAAACAGGUAAUACUCCAGGAGAACAUUGGGAAGUUGAUUUCACUGAAGUUACGCCUGGAAGGCCUCAUCGCCCACUCCAGACCCCACCGUGCCCAGGACCCAGCUCUGGUCCUUCUGCCCCAUCCCCAGCCGACCCUCGUCCCACCCCUGUCCCAGCCCCCAGGGUUUGGGGAGGGGACGGCUCAUCACCACCUCAGUCUCGAUGGCCAGAUGGUGCCAAGGCCCAGCAGGAAGGGCUGGGCACAGGCCUGGGUGCAGGUGACAGCAGCUGCUCCCCUGAGUCUGCAGGACAUGAGAUAUGGCCGCGGGGUGAGGACCACAGAUGACCGACACCACCUGGAUCCAGUCACAGGCACGUCCAGGACUCAGGGCCGACUCGUGGUGAGCCCCAGAGAACACGGCCGCAGAGAUGCCGUCACUGCUGGAGAGGGACAGCCAAGACCUGUCCCCACAGAUCCUGCAGCACUUGGCACCAGGUUCCUUAGAGCUGAAGCACCCGGAGGCCUUCCUGACGGAGGCGGCUCGGCUGCCCGCGGAGGACGCUGCUGUUCCAGUCGGGAAUCGUCAUCAGCCAGAGAGAACCUGCUCAGUGUGGCCGCAGCUUCAUCCCCUAGGAAGGGAGCGCUCACGACGCCUGCAGAAUGCUGGCUGCCGCGAGGGACACACAUGGUGAGGUCGCCACCUUCUUACCUUGUGCGCCCCUUGUCCCUGAUGGCUCCUCUUCACCCUCCGUGUCACCGCCUACCCCGCCUCAGACGCCCCGGGACGGGCGCCUCGUCCCCACCCACGUGUGCAGGGCAGGCAGAGAUGCACCGACCCUGGGCCGUGUUCAUGGGCUCCCGUGUUUGA